AUGAAAGCCCCUUUUUCCUUUAUAAAUGUUUGCAUUUUUUUUUCUAAAAGAACCCUAUUUGAUGACUUUGAAAAACUCCGGACGGCCAACAAAGCAGACGUUUACAGAAAGCAAAGGCUUCAAGAACUAGGGGACCUAAUUCAGAGGAGGCUAGAGUAUCUUCAGAACCCAACUGACUGCGAAACUGCCAAGAAGCUUUUCUGCAGCUUGACAAAAUCUUGUGGCUUUGCAUGCCAAAUGCACCAUAUUGUACAUUGCAUGAUAUCAGCCUACGCCUUGGGAAGGACUCUUGUCUUGAAGUCAGACUGGUCUAUGUACGGUGCCCAAAGCUUUGAAACUGUCUUUGAACCCAUCAGCAGAACGUGUUUGGUCACACCUUUUAAAGAAAAUAUUACAGACUGGCCAGCCGCCCUGGAAUACAUGAGCAGAGAUAACACCAUUUAUCUGCGGUCUGAGGAAAACUAUUCUCCCCAACAACCUGCGUUCUUGCCACCUGCCGUCCCCGCAGACAUGGCCCAGGAGCUGUCCAUCCUCCAUGGGAACCCAUCAGCUUGGUGGAUCGGGCAGAUGUUUCGGUUCAUCUUCAGGCUGAAGCCAAACCUGUUGGAAGAGGUGAUCAGUAGAGGAGAGAAAGCUGGGUUCACAAAUACAAUUGUCGGUGUUCAUAUACGGAGAACAGACAAAAUUCUCACAGAGGCGGCGUCUCAUCCAGUUGAAGAAUACAUGUACCAUGUAAAAGAAUACUACGACCAGGUAGAACGAACACAGCCGGGCAUCUCGAGGCGAGUGUAUCUUGCUACAGACGAGCCUGAAGUGUUGUCAGAGGCACGAAAGAAAUAUCCAACCUACACGUUUAUCAACGACUUCAACAGUACACGCUCAGCAACAAUGACAGAGAGAAACUCAAGGCAAUCUUUACACGGAGUCAUCUCAGAUGUAUAUUAUCUGGCCCGUUGCGAUUACUUAGUCUGUACCUUCUCAUCCAAUCUUUGCCGAAUAGCGUACGAGCUCAUGCAGACCUUGCACGGAGAUGCCUCCGGGAAUUUCCGUUCUCUAGAUGAUAAUUACUACUUCCAUGGACACAACGCUCAUGGCCUCACUGCUGUAGAAGCUUAUCGGAGCAACAGGGAGGGACAUAUCGCGCUGAAGCCAGGGGAUGUAAUCUACGUAGCGGGCAAUCACUGGAACGGCUUCUCAAUGGGAACGAAUCAAAGGACCAGUCAGAAAGGCCUCUUCCCGUCGUACAAAGUUGAAGAUACUGUUGUAGCUGCAGACAUGCCGAUCUACCCCCAAGUUCCACUCAAGUUAACCGACAGAAUGGAAUUUAAAAACGUUUCGCUAACUAGAAAUGUAGAAACAGUAAGAAGCUCUGAAAAAUUAAAUUCACAGCGACAACAAGCGGAUGCUUCGCUAUGA